GGGGAGGAAGAGGAGGAAUCUUCCUCUCUGUUGCUGCUGAUGAACAUCAUCGCUCGGCGCUGAUGUUGUUUCAUUUCGAUCCGAAUCUCUGGGUUCUGGUAGAUGUUUCCCAGUAACUAAGGGGACGUUUUGGGUUCUUCUCAUCUUCCUCAGGAACAGCUGGAGAUGAGGACAAGUUUCAAAUCAGUUCCCUGCAGGACCUGAGUCAGUUUUCUGGAGGAUUGGCUGUUUAGCUGAUACGAGGCACAAUUUGUUCUGAUUUAAGGGAACCAGGCCAGAACCAAUGAAGCAGGGUGUUUCUUGAUUUUCUUCUCCAGAAGGUCUGACUCAGCCAGGAACAGCCAACAAUGAGAAUCUGGAAAAAUUCUUGAAAACUGUUGAAACAUUUCCCCAUAAACAACAAGGGGAGUUGUAAUGAUAAACCCUGUCCUGUUUGGACCUCCAUCUCUCUGCCAUCCUUUCCAUCAGAACCAUCAGGAGGUUGGGCGUUUGUUGACUGAGAUUCGCUCACAUUAGAUUUCAGCUUAAUAUGAUUCUAUACAAACUAGACCUGAAGGUUCUGUUUAACUUGUCAGAUCUCCUACAGAAAGCACCGUAGGCACGCACAGUGACUGUUAGUGGUCCGAGUUCUAUGGAAAUCACCAUAGCAACCAGCUGAGUGCCUGGUUCUGACACCAUCGGAUUAGCUUUAAUCAGGGAGAACUGAAGGAAGCAGAUGUGUUGGAUCUUCAUGGUUCCUCAGUCAUUUUCCCUCAGUGUGAUGUAAUCAUCGCUUCCUGCUUCCAGCUGGUCUCAUCAAGCAGGAAGCAGCUUCAUAAAUAAAGUGAUGAAAACAGCUGUCAGCUCUCACCUUAACAGCUUGUGGCCCAGGGGCAAUUCAGGGUCCUGAAGGUUCCUCUGGGCUUCAUCAAGGUCUUGGAAUGGCUCCAUGACUGUGAUAUCUUCUCCAUCUCGCACCAGUUCUUCGCCAUCUUUGCCUUCUCAACCUGUGGCAGUUAUUCUGGGAUGUUCAAGAUGGCAAUGGAGUGUAAGAACCGGACGGAGAGCAACCUCGGAAUAGAAGUGCAGUUCGAGUAUCCAUUCAGACUUCACCAGGUGUACUUUGAUGCCCCCACUUGUAAGGAGAGGAACACGAAGCGCAUCUUCCUGGUUGGCGACUACUCCUCCUCGGCGGAGUUCUUUGUCACCAUUGGAGUCUUCGCCUUCCUCUACUCCACAGCGGCUCUCAGCAUUUACAUCUUCUUCUAUGAGAAGUACAAGGAAAACAACAAGGGGCCACUGAUUGAUCUAGGAGUGACAGGAGUUUUUGCCUUCAUGUGGUUGGUGAGUUCAGCAGCUUGGGCCAAAGGUCUAUCCGACGUGAAGACGGCGACUGAUCCGAAUAAGGUCAUCACCUUGAUCAAUGCCUGUGAUGAGAAAGGGAACACCUGCCGUGAAGUCCAUGACCCGGUCAUGUCUGGACUCAACACCUCUGUGGCAUUUGGUUUUAUUAAUCUGGUCCUGUGGGUCGGAAACCUCUGGUUCGUCUUUAAGGAGACAGGGAUCAUCGCUCCUUUCAUGCGAGGUCCGCCUCCUCAGGGUAAACCUGCGCCCGAUGCCUACAGCCAGCAGGGGGCAUACGAACCAGACCCAUACGCCAGCAACCAGGGAGGUUAUCAACCUGAAUACAACCAGCAAGGAUACAACCAGGAUACAGAGUAUGGUCAAGGCUACGGCCAGCAGGGGGCACCCACCUCUUUCUCCAAUCAGAUGUGAGGUGACAGGAAGCAGGAAGCACCGGAGUGGACCAAUAGUGGGUCGCCUGCAACCUACCCACAGUGCAACACUCCUGUCUGUCUGCGGCAUUACUGGGUGGGGUGGGUGUCUGGGGUUUGGGAUACAUGUCCACUGCAGUAAAUCAGUGUGUAAAUGACAAAAAGAGUCUAAAUGAGAAACCCAAAACUUGAACAAGCAGUGCUGAGUAGAACCCAGUGGCAAUGUUGAUCUUCAUAUUCGGGUCUGUAUCUGUGGACAGAAUGUAUGUUUGUGUUGUAUAGAUAUCAAUUUGAACAAAUAUACAAUAUCAUCUCAA